AUGGCAUGGGAUCCCCUCCGCUCAUGGCUUCCGGACAUCGCUGCUUUCCUCGCGCUGCUCCUCUCCGUCAUGGCAGCCUUCGGCUUCGUCCAAAGCUUCGGGGCAACCUCGGAGGCCGCGCAGCUCCGGGCCUGGGCGGCGCUGCCCUGGAAGCCGGUGCCCUGCUCCGUGCAGGACAUGGGCGUGGCUUACCGGGGCACCUGCAGCCUCGACUCGGACCAGGAGAGAUACGAGGAGAAAGACUUUGCCGAGUGCUUGGGAGCCUCCGACGAUGCUCCUGGAGAGAGCCUCAACCAAGUUGUCGACAGGGCCCGGUUCAACUCCACUCAAGGACUUUGUGGGCAAGUGUCAACUUCGAGGUUCCAGGCUCUUGGCGGAGAGUCGACCUCUUCUGGGCGGAGACUUCUGAUGCAUUUCUUUCACCCACGUGGUCCCGGAGACAUGGUGGGAUCUCGCUUCAUUCCGAUUGCUUGGCGCUGCCACGACAGUUACCUUCCCUGGGCAGUCGUCCGCCUCGACGAGGGCGUAAGAUGCGCUUAUGCCUUUGGUGCGCCGAAGGCCUCUGUCUACAGAAGGUGGAGAGAUGUACAGGACGAUCUUCAAGAUCUUGGCCUUGCGAAAGGCGCGACGGAUGGUGCGGAGUGCUGGCGCCCUGAAGGGGACCUUUGCACCGUCGCCCUGAAGUCCAACGUAUUCCUGAUGGAGCUCGAGGGCAGCAAGCAGGAGGUUUGGCGCAAUGUCGCGAUUGCCUUGACAUCGGUUUCCUUGGCUCUGGCUGUCCUGGCAGCCUCUUACCGCCGUCGAUUUGCCCAUGAGCUGGUGCCGACAGAGGAUCCAGAUUGCCAGGAGGCCGAGUCUCUGUCUGCACGUGUUCGCCGACUGGUGGCCGGCGCGGCAGCGAAGGUUUCUGAAAGUACCCCUCAGCUCUCGGCUCGGAGCUCCCGGCGCACUUUGCGUGCCGACCGCUUCAUAUCGGGCAAUGGGAGGCCGAAUCAAAACCUUGCUGCGGACUUUGCAGAUGCGGCUGCUCGCGCCCGAAGCCACGGCGUCGCGAAAGAGCCUCACCCCACUGCCUAUGCGAGGCCGCUAGGGGCGACCAUUUUCAGAGACCUAUCAUCAGCAAGCCAUUUUCAGAGGUUGAAGGUUCCGAAGAGUGUGUGUGCAAUGACACGAGCCGCGAGCCUGUGA